GAUAAGUCCAGCCCACAAGCCUUGCAAGCAAAAUGCUGCUGGUGGAGCUGAAACCACCUCAUACAGCCGAAACCCUCUGCUCUUAAAGCUGGAAGACCAGGGCUGGGAAUCAUGACAAGCAGAUUUUCUGCCUGUGUGCUGGCUUUACUGCACUUCUGUCGUUCCUCUGACUCCUAUGAACCACCAACGUUGCCUGAUGUUGGAGAUCCAAAGUUUAUUGAGGAAUGUGUGCAAACCCAUAACAGAUUCCGGUCUGGAGUGAAUCCACCAGCCAGCAACAUGCUCUAUAUGAGUUGGGAUCCAGAUUUGGCAAAGACUGCAAAAGGUUGGGCGAAGAAAUGCCUGUUUAAACAUAAUACAUACCUCAAAGAUCCAGGGAAGGCCCACCCCAAAUUUACCACCGUUGGAGAAAACCUCUGGACUGGCACACAUUCUGGUUUUACUGUGCAAAGAGCCAUCACCUCUUGGUACAACGAGGUCAACGCCUACGAUUAUGCCACCAAUAAGUGCAGAAAAGUAUGCGGUCACUAUACGCAGAUUGUUUGGGCUACGAGCUACAAGGUUGGCUGUGCUGUCCAUUUCUGUCCCAGCGUGGCGUACACCUCCAUAACCAACGCAGCACACUUCAUCUGCAACUACGGGCCAGCUGGGAAUUACCCAUGGCGCCCGUACAAGACGGGAGCGGCGUGCAGUGACUGCAACGGCGAGCAGUGUGCCAACCAUCUGUGUCAAAAUGCAGAGCGUGACAAAGUCAUUAGUGAUUCCAGAUGGCAUCCAGACUGGGACAGACCUGCAUGUGACGAGUACUGCAUCGCCGUUAUUGCUUUAAGGCCGUUACUCCUUAUACUGACAAUUCUGGCCACCUGGCUCCUGCCAAAAUACUGGUCUAUAGCACCCUCCAGGGAGUGACACACACGUGGAAGACCAAGAGAGCGCUUAGGUUAACCCAUCCCUUCCCUGCACAUACGUUACUGGCAGCACGAAGAUUGGUAGAGACAUUGUUUGCAUCCACAGGUGAUUUACAAGUACAGAAAUACCAUCUUCCUUGCAGGCAGCAGCUAGGAGAGCCGACAAGCAGCUCACUCAUUGCUCAGAACCAGUAACUGUUUUUAAAUUACCCAUGUAUUUUUUCAAAGCAGAAUGGAGUGAGCAGGAUCUGGCGGGUAAGGGAGCACCCAGCCCCAGCCCCAGCCAGAGCACAAACCUCCCUCGUUCCUGCUGCACCUCAGACAAUCCUCCACCAAGAUGCAGAAUAGCCUGGAGAGGUUUUUCAUUUAAAUGUUUUUCUAAUAAUUUUUGGACCCAUGUGAGCUCUGGCAUUUGCAUCCCAGGGCAGGCAGUGCACUUCCAAGUCUCACAGUGCACGCUGUGCACUUGUCUUUGCUUCAAAUUUGUUUUUAAAUACGCAUCGUCUGUGCCAAGACAUAGUUUCACCUCUGUUUACACAUGACUAUGUAUCACUGCAAUCUCUCCUGGUUUUUUUUUUUCUUUUAUUCUGAGCACAGGGGGGUUGAGUGCCAUUUCAAACAAUAAAUCAUUAUUUCCUGCUUCCCGUAUCUGGCAAUCAUGUAUCUGCAACACCUGUACCUAUGAGGAAGCGGGUUUAGAUGCCUCUGUACCGUGCCCCUCUGCAGGUCGCAGACACACAAUGCUGUAAAGGAGAAGUGUGUGCCCCUCGCCACUUCGUUUCUGCAGUCCUGCCUCUUGCAGUACCUGUCAGUGUUUCUGCAUACCCACUCCCGACCCCACUGCUGGGGUGGUUCUUAACUGAAAACACUGGAACUGGGACCCAGAGUUUCUCACGUUACUCUUCCAGGCAGUUAACUGCUUUGUACUGGAAUCAUCUCAGCAUCACAGCAUUCCCUGAAUAAGUAAUUUUUGAAAACACAAAUAUGGCUGGGGACAAAAUUCCGAAUGUUGCCCUUGAUACGUCUUUGCCCUUUAUAUAUACACCAGGGCCUCUGU